UGUGUUACAGAUGGUUUUUUGUAUAAAAAGAUUGUCGAAGGGAAACGUGUGUUUAAAUUUUUGUUAGGUUUGAACAAAAAUCUUGAUGAAAUCAGAGGAAGAAUCAUGGGAGUAAAACCCCUACCUAGCCUCAGAGAGGCAUUCUCUGAAGUCCGUCGCGAAGAAAGUCGGAAAAAUCUCAUGAUGGGAUCCCAUCAACAACUGAAUAUGGCAGAAAGCUCGGCUCUUAAGACUCAAUUCGCUCCUUUUGACAACUGUCAAAAAAUUAAAGGAGGUAGACCUUGGUGUGAUCAUUGCAAAAAGCCGGGACACUCAAGAGAAACUUGCUGGAAGAUUCAUGGAAAGCCAGUAGAUUGGAAGCCAUGUCAACCACUUGAGAAAGAAGGACGAGGCAAUCAUGUGGCUACCGAUGAACAAUCGCCACAACCUGAAGCUAGCCCUUUUAAUAAGGAGCAAAUGGAGAUGCUUCAGAAACUACUGUCUCCUCUUUUGUCAGUACAGUCACAAACUGGCUCAUCUUCCAACCAGGUCAUUGGUUCCGGAACCUUGGCUCACAAAGGAUUUGGAUUCGGGGAAGACGAUUGGCAAUGCUGAGGAAUGCUCUGGACUCUACAUCCUUAAGGAGCGCCACGAUCCACAAGAACAACCUCAAAUGACAGUUGGUAGUAAUUCUUUUUCGGUUUCAUGUCAAAAUAACGAUAGUGCAAUUAGGUUGUGGCACUAUCGCUUAGGUCAUCCAAAUGUUAUGUAUC